AUGGCAGUGGGAGUACUGAUAGAGGUGUUUGGAAAGAUAGUAUUUUCGUUUACACGAAGUGUUAUGGAACAUUACAACCCGGAAGAACCAGCAUUCACUAUCGAGUCGUUUGGAUUCAACCCUUUGGAAAGCACUGGACGAGAAUGGUAUUACCCUCCAGUCGGCGAACUUAUUUACCAAGAAUAUGGCAACGAAGAGAGCACAAGCACGAACUACUUGGCAGCAAGAGGUGUACACGUGAGAGUCAUAAAUGCAUGUUCUCCUGAGGAGCCGGAAGAAUUACAGGAUGACCAACUAGAAGACAGAUCAAUGGCCUGGAAGCAACUUAGACCAUCUUCCUUUCAGACAAUUUGUAAAUCAAUGUACAUUGGAGCUUUGAUUUCGCUUUUUGCUGCUACAGGAAUAGCUGCAGGGUUCAUUCUUCUCUGUUACCUCGCGUAUAGUUUUUUUCCGCUACACACAUGUCAAGCCCAUGCCAUUACGCAUACAGUGGAUCAGAGCAGUGUGUUCUGCGUUGACGCACUCUAUCGAAUAAUGCUUCAAGCUUUUGUAAAGCCUUACUAUGAGAAGUACUCUCUUAAAUACGAAUUAUCGUCGUAUGUUUUUGUCGCUGCCGGCCCUUGUCUUCAGUUUUGUUAUCUUGGAAGGAAGGCUCUGCGUAUGAGAUCAAGUCGGGAAACGCUGAGCCUAGUUUGUAAACUCAUGACGCCAAGCUUUCUGACAUAUUUAGGCGGCUUUGCUGUCUUAUAUUUCCUCUACCCAGCCUACCUGAAACAACGGAAAGGAAGUCAUGACAGGUUACUAAUUGCAACGUUUGCUCCUCUUAUUGGGGUGGCUGCAAAAGUGUUAUCUCGUAUAUGUGUUCAACAGCUGUGGAAUAUCACUCAUCCGGGAUAUUCUUAUGUUCUUUUAGUCCCGGUAUAUUUUAGUGCUGCCGUUGUGACACGACUUUUACAAGCUGAGCUAGAUGGCAUGGCCAGUAUUGCUACACUUGGAAUAAUUCACGGAGUGAUAGAAGUUGUGGAGCGCAGUACCAUGGUGGUUCUCGAUCACUUUUGUCAUCAGCUUUGGAAAAGAACCUCAGCUCCUUGGGGAAGCUUUCGAACUCCUCGCCGCGAGAGACUAAUGGCAGACAUUGCUAUUAUAAGCAUGCUGUUUGAGUCAACUGCUAUAGUGUCUGACAACGGUUUUUUAUUUUUGUAUCAAUUGAUUUUUUUGCAAAGCGAUUCCUUUGUUAACUUGCUGAUAUCGUUUAUUUCUUGUACCUCAAUUCCACUGGUGAUUGAGUGGUUUUUCACCAGUGUGUCUCUUGCAAUUGAGACACGUUAUCAGAACAUGCCUGUUAUGGCUGUUUGGCGAAGACAGUGGAAGAGACACAUCUUAGUGGCAUUUGUGAAUAUGAUUCCACUGGCUAUGUGGUCCAGUGGAAACCUUUUUGUCGCUGUGCGUCACUAUUUUAAGGAAAAGUCCUUGUAAUUACAGGAGAUGCAUGCUCCAGAAACCAGAAACAUCUAUCUGGGCUAUCAAAAAACUUUUUGUAAAAUUUACUGCUUUUCAAAGAGUAAUAUAACCGUUCCAAGAUUACGUUAAAAAAAGAAAGAACAAAAAUUGACUAUGAAUGUAACCACUUUGAUAGUAAUAUAAUGAAUCCGUCUUGAGCUCAGAACUCUAGUCGUUAUCAAAUUUCCCAAUCAAAGGCAAUUAACCCAAAACAAAAAUUGCAUGAACAGCGUAUACGGUUGCCUCUUUAUUAGGUGACAGCGAGAGUAAUAGUUAUCUGUGUUAAAUUGGUUCUUACGGUUAAAUUGUGUAAUUUUUGAAA